AUGAGCCCACCUAGCCUAUCAGCGGCGGGCGACCUCGACAUCCACGGUGACAUGGCACCAACGCCUCCACCACCGUCAUCAACGUCGUACCAUACCAACGACGUCGCCUCCGUUACCUCCGUCACGCUCACUAAAGAGCAAUUCGACGAGCUGAUCAGGAACCAGCGCCCCGCACGGGACGACGACGCAUUCUCCAUGCGUCAGCUCCUACCCCCAGCCAACCCUCCGGUCUUCCCCGACGACUCGAAACUCACGGAGGACAACUACGUUGACUGGGACCUGACCAUGUCGGUCACCUUCGCCCGCGAAGUCUGCGCAUACCUGCGCAAGGGCACGCACGACCCCUCGUGGCCUCUCGCCUUACGCUCGCGCUGGGAGGAUUACGCGGCCCGCGCGCUAGCGGGAUCGCUCACCGUCACCACGAAGGCCACCAUCGGCCCAAUCGUUCAGACGGGCGGCUCGGCGCACGAAUGCUGGCUCGCCCUCGCCGCACGCUAUGCUCCCAGCGAUGCCCAAGCGUACUCGGCGCUGAUCAAGGACUAUUUUAGCAUGCCACCAUGCCCGCCCACUUGGGCUGGUUUCAACGCAUGGACGAAUCGAGCCAUGGUUCUCGUCAACCACCUUCGAAUGGCCCAGCUAGACCUUGAACAGGCCAUCGCGGCCCGGGCCCUUGACGACUUGCCGCACGUCUUCGAUGGCUGGCGCACGACGUUCUACGCGAUGAACGUUCACGACAACAAGCUGCCGCGCGUCGAACAAAUCUUCGCGUCGAUGGAGACUGUCGCUCGGACGUUGCGCAACGAGUCGAACCCGGCCCUCGUAGCGAAAGCUGUCGCGCCGACCACAAGCGCUGCUCCCGGCAAAAAGGGGAAAUGGGAUCGGUCUGGUCCUGCCCCGAGCAACUGCCCGGCUUGCGGUCAAGGCAAACACUGGCUCGACAAGUGUCCGGACUCGCGCAAGCGGGCCAAAUACAUCGAGCUCAGGAACGCCAUGAAGGCACUCAAAGGCGCAUCACCAUCGACUACGACCACGUUAGUGGCCGCCGCGGAAGCGUCCAAGGAUCAAGACUUGUCUUACUUUUCUUCUGCCACGUUCGUCAACAUCGGACAACCUGACGUCGUUCUGCUGGACUCGGCGUCGGCGUGCCAUGUCGUCAACAACGCGUCUUUCUUUGACGGUCCCCUUUCACCUACCCAGCAAGUCCUGCAAGGUCUAGGGGGAACGGUGAGGGCUUCGGGAAUCGGCUCGGUCAAGCUCGUCUCCGAUACUGGUACUGAGUUCACCCUCAACGACGUGAUCUACGCUCCCGAGAGCCCUGCCAACCUCAUCUCGGUCCGGGCCUUCGAUAGCAAAGGCGUUCGCAUCACCUUCGAACACGGACAAGUCGAGCUCCGCACGCCGCAAGGGUGCAUCGCCACAGCAUCAGCCAUCGCGUCCUGCGUUUACAAACUCAACGCUUCGGUCCAAGCUGCCAGCAAAGAUGCGCGACACACCCUCGUUGCCACCAAGUCCAAUAGGCUACCUUUACUUACCCUUCACCGGCGCUACGGCCACGCCUCUGUCCAGACACUUAAAAAACUGGCGGCCUCUGGCCAGGUGGAGGGUUUAGAUUGGCCCUAUAGUGACUUCGAGUGUGAUGGCUUCACCUGCAACGCGUGCCUUGCCUCCAAAGCGCAUCGUUUGCCUUUCCCCUCUUCGUCGUCGCAUGCAGCGGAACCACUCGCAUUGGUGCACUCGGACGUCUUAUCUUUCCCCGAGGAAUCCUUAAGCCAUAAGCGAUACCUCGUCACGUUCAUCGACGACUUCUCGAGGAAGACUUGGGUUUACCCCAUCGGGCACAAGAGCGAGGUCCUUCAGACAUUCAAGGAUUGGCUUCUGGAGAUCGAAAACGCCACGGGUCGCAGGGUCAAAACACUUCGCUCGGACAACGGGGGCGAGUAUGUCUCUACCGCUUUCAACGGCUAUUGCGUGGCCCGCGGAAUUCGUCGCGAAUUGACCAUACCGUACACACCCGAGCAAAACGGUCGGGCGGAGCGAGCCAACCGGUCGAUCGUCGAGGGCACCCUGGCACUACUGUCUCACUCGGGACUCCCACGAUCGUGCUGGGACGAGGCUGCCAUGUGUUACAUUCACGCCAAGAACCUCUCGCCUCACGCGGCCCUUGGUGGAGCCAUCCCAAACGGUCGUUGGUCGGGCCACACACCAGGCGUAGGGGGUCUUCGGGCAUUCGGUUGUCGCGCUUGGACCACCGUGCCGGCUCACCGACGGGACAAGCUCGACCCAAAAGGGAUUCCUCUGGUCUUCGUCGGGUACGAUCGACACGCGAAAGCCUACCGUCUUCUUGACCCUUCCUCCAUGCGUGUGAGUCUGGGCCGCAAUGUGACGUUCGUAGAAACCGAGUUCCCCUUCGCGAUCGCGCCCACUCGAGUGACGCAGCCGUCCAUCCCGGGUUACGCCCCCCAGCCUCCACCCGUCGAAGCUCCAACACCUGUCGAGCCUCCCCCACGGCCACCGGCCCCAACGCCUGUCGAGGCACCCGCGUCGCCCGAAUCGACCAGCUCGGCCGACAACGACGACGCCUCAUCGACCACGAGCACAACGACGGAGUCAGCCGUGACCCUGCCGCAACCACCUCCGGAUCCAGCUCCACUCGCCAAAGUCAAGCCGACUUGGGAGUACGGCGACGUCGCCAAGGUUGGUCCCGAUCCAGGGAAGUACGGUGAAGUCGACGCUUGA